CUAACGCCUACAUUUUAACGUCUAAAUGCAUAAUUUUGGUCAGUUAUAUUAUAGAAUAUAGUUAGUGAUUACGUAAGAUCGCGAUACUUACCUUUGUCGUCUGUGACCAAAUUUAUAACUUUAGGUACCUUCUCCAACUUUCAUAAACAUGAACGAAAUGUACCGGAGAACAGAAAUCUCAAAUACCCACCUUUAGUAAUAAAGCCGAAAAUGGCUCCAGUUCAUAAGGUAGCUCUUAUUCAGCUUCAUCCCAAGCCCCUCGUUCCAGCGGAGAACUUCGCCAAGGCUGAGUCCUUCAUCAGAGAUGCUGCUAAGGAGGGAUGCAAUUUGGCUGUUCUACCCGAGUACCAUCUGACAUCUUGGGUCCCGGAAAAGCCAAAUUUUAAGGAAUCGUGUGCGGAGUCGGCAUCAUAUUUGAAAAAAUACCAGCAGCUGGCGAAAGAUUUAAACAUCUGCAUUGUUCCUGGUACCAUCAUUGAGUUGGUGGGCGACUCCUUGCACAACAUCGCAUACUUCAUAUCUUCCAAUGGAGAGGUGCUCGGGCGAUACCAGAAGAAGAAUCUUUGGCACCCGGAACGGCGUCAUCUAGUAUCUUCAGCUCAACAGCCUCAUGAAGCCUUCGACACCCCGUUAGGACGGGUGGGGUUGUUAAUCUGCUGGGACAUCGCCUUCCCGGAGGCGUUCCGAGAGCUCAUCUCGGACGGCGCGCAAAUCAUCUGCGUUCCUACGUUUUGGAGCAUGAAGGACGUGUCAGACGAGGGAUACUCCUUAAACCCCGAUGGCGAGGCGCUAUUUUUGAACAGCACCGUAGUUAGUCGAGCAUUUGAGAAUACUUGCGCGGUCGUGUUCGUGAAUGCGGGGGGACCGCCGGAAAAGGGGGAGAAGACUAACUUCGCGGGGUUGAGUCAAGUCAGCGUUCCCCAUAUCGGUAGUCUUGGGAAGAUGGGCCGGUUCGAAGGGAUGUCAAUUGUGGACCUGGACAUGAACGUUCUUAGAAUUGCGGAAGACAACUAUAAAGUUAGAGAGGACAUGAAAGGAGAAGGUUGGCAUUAUGGAUAUACACAAAUUAGAGAUGGGAGCAAGUUGUAGAAGGGAAGGUUAGGUUAGGUACCUGAAUUGGGAGUCACUAACUAGAUGCGGCAAUUUAGACAAUAAAUUUAAAUUUACAUGUUUACUCAAGUUAUAACUCUUCAUAGAGAUCAUGCUUGAUUAUUAUUACUCAUCCGAAUUUUCUGGAUCAAACGCCA